CAGGGAGAGGUGGAACAGGCUGUAAACGAAUUAGGCUAUAUGGGAUUAACAAAAAUAAAUACACAAGGUUUCUGCAUGAUUUUGUUGCCUGUUUUAAAAACCCAGUGUGAGUACUCAGAAUUUAUACUAAUUGAUGCUUGGCACAUUUGCUGCAUUCUUCUCCGCUGUAUAGCUCUAAUCACCCCAGCUUGUGAUUCAGUGUGGUAUGUCAUAAAAAUUAGAAGUGAUCAACGAAGACUAGAAAAUUCAAGAUGAGUCUGACUUCUUGGUUCUUGGUGAGCGAUGGAGGUACAAGACACCGUCUUCCCCGAGAGAUGAUUUUUGUGGGACGGGAUGAUUGUGAACUCAUGCUUCAGUCACGUAGUGUGGACAAGCAGCAUGCUGUUAUCAACUAUGAAGCUGCUUCAGAUGAACAUAAAGUGAAGGACCUGGGCAGUCUUAAUGGGACAUUUGUGAAUGAUGUAAGGAUACAGGAACAGCAGUAUGUGACUCUGAAAAUAGAUGACAAGCUGAGAUUUGGCUAUGAUACCAACCUUUUUACUGUUAUGCAAGGAGAAUUGCAUGUGCCAGAAGAAGCACUGAGGCAUGAAAAGUUUUCCAGCCAGCUUCAGCUAACAGUGAAGGCAUCUUCAACAGUGAAGAGUACCAGAAAUUCUGAGACUACAGCAGCUGAGAGUGGUAAAGAGGGAAUGGUCAAACCUCCAAAACAAUUACCCAAACAGGAAGAUAAGAUAGGGGACAUUGGAGUAGUUCCCAGAGGAACCCCUCUCUAUGGGCAACCAUCGUGGUGGGGAGAUGUAGAUGAUGAAAACGCAGCAAAGCAUGAUGCCAAGACCUUGGACCGCAGACAAUUCAAGUGUGACCCAGGUAAUAAGGACGUAGUAAAGACGCAAAUAGUUCCUGGAACCAUGGCACAGAACUCUACAGUCCAAGAACCCAGUUACUUUGAGAUCCCCUCUAAGGAAGCCAUUUCAGCAGGGAUGGGCAUUAAUGACAGCCUCCCUACAACUGAAGAAGGAGCUACAGUAACAUCUACUGCCCCUGUACCUGAGGGAAGCACCCAUGGCCAUGCCUCAUUCACCAUUGACUUUGACACAGUGGCUGCAAGCAGGGGGAAAGAUCGCAGCACCAAGGAUGACCAGGACCAUCAUGUGAGACCAAAGAGAGGUGCUGGGGAGGAGCUGAGUGCCUUGCAGUCGGCCAUGAUUGCAGCAGAAGUGAAGGUGGCAGACUGGCUUGCACAGAAUGAGCUGCCUUUGGCACUGUCAGAAUCUGUAGCUGAAGAUGAUGGAGAUAGUGUGAAAAGUGAUGUGCCUGUACAACUAAGGAACCUCAGAGGCAGUAAACAUGAGGAUGGCACACAGAGUGACUCUGAGAAUGCCUUCAGUGAGCAGCUCAGCAGCCGGAGAGCCAUUAUUCCGGACAUAGGGAGAACAGGUGUUCACAAGACAGAGGGAAAUUUCUGCAGAAAAGAAGACCAUUUCCAGAACAAACCCUUUGUUACAUUGAAAAAGAUGCCUCCAGUUGGGGGUGAGGUUGGGCAGAGAAGGAAUUAUCCAUCACCAUGCAGAUCCAGGGCUAUCCCUUCCCAAAGAGGCAAUGAUAGGACACGAGAAAGCUCUCACAGAAGUCAGGCAGAUGAUCAAAGUGACAGGGGAACCUACACUAUUGAACUGGAGAACUGUAAUACAGAGAAGGAGAAGGCCAGGCUCAUGAUUGACAAGGUAUUUGGUGUAGAGGACACCAACCUGGCUCUGACAAAGUUACGUUACACAGAACACCAGAGAGACAGCGGGAGUAUAUGCCCAAGGGCUGGAGCCAUAGAUUCCAGACAUCUUGGCCAGGUGUUGCCUGAUGACCUAGUUGUGGUAGGAGGUCCAAGGUGGGUGUCUCAGUGGGCCAGUCUAGCUGCAAGUCAUAUAAGGACAGACCCUGAGGGCUCUGGGGCUGAAUCUACUAUGUUUGCUACUGAUGAAAAAGGUAAUAACACUGAACCAAGGGUUCCAAGAAGAUCCAAUUCCUUUGUUUCCUCAUGUCAAUCACAGCCAAAGAAGACCCACCCUAAGGUCCCCUCAGAAAACUCUGAAAUGGAUACAGUGACCACUGAGGAAGAGUGGUCCCAGCACAGAAACAUAACACCCUCAUCUGAAACUCAGGCCCAAGAGCUACAGGGAAAAGACAACCAGCUCCAUGAAAUGUGUAGAACUAGACAAAGAGUGGCAAGAGUUAACGCAUCAACAGGUGGGACUAGGGUGAACAAACAAACUACAACUAAAGGUCAUGAGAGGGGGCAUAACAUCUGUCAGCAAAUACCCUACACCAGAACUGGAAGUGGAGAAAAAAAUCACGAAAAUGAGAGUGGAAAAAGCAGGCGAGAGGAAAAGGAGAAGUCAGCAAAGCCCUUGCUAAGGCAGGAAAGCUUCACAGUAGAGAGGUCCAAUGCCAAUAUCCCCCUGGAGCUCAUUCCAUGCAUUGAUGAUCCUCAUACAACAAGCCAAGGUAAGCAAAUAGGCAGCAUCAAUGAGGACAUUUUGCUGAAGGACUCAGAGGCUGUGACAGUUUUCCUGGAAAACACUCUUUCAGACCUGGCAGACCCAGCCAGCUAUUCCCUAGAGGGUUCUGUCUCCCCAGAGUCUGAUAUAGAUACCACCAGUACUGUGAGUCAAGCUGGGGGAGAAGUUGGAUGCAAGAAGAAAGUUAGUCGUCCAAUUCAUGGCACAGCCAACAAAAACACCAGUGACACAAAACUUAGGUCUCAUACAUGUGCACCAACUCAUUCACAAUCCCGUGCUUGGACCUCACUUGAUCUGACAGAUGAUGACCUUAAUGCCUCUCUGAAAGACCCACAGCCUCGUUGCUGGGGUCAAACUAGAUUAAGAACAGAGACAAGCAGCAGAACCAAAGGAGCAAAGACAAGGACAGCAGCUGCUGCAUUUUCUUCAUCCAGACCAGCUUCACUGCCACAGCCCAGGCCCACUCGUGCCUCUCUACUCCGCCGUGCCCGGCUAGGAGACAGUACUGAUCCAGACCUGGCUGAUAUUGAUAGAGUGUCUGUAGCCUCUGAGGCAUCUACUGCAAGUUCUGCAUCCAGACCCUCAGCCAAUCGCAGGACCCUUUCCCGGAUUGAGGCACUGGCCCAGCCACGGAAGCCCAGAGUUAGCUCUCCUUCAGCACGCAGUGACUCAGAGGCCACAUCAAGGCGGACCAGGGUACUUGUCUCUCGCCCAGGUUCAGAUAGUGCAUUACGACUUGGGCUGCAAUCCACAGCAGUAAGUGGGCUAAGAGGUAGAACCAACAGCACUUCCAAACUACCUGAUAAGUCAGCUGGAAAUUUGUAUGUUCACAAAACUCCUACAGCCGGUGGAAGGUGGCGGCGUGUGCCUAUUGAGUAUGUAUCCACAUCAGAGGAUGAGUUUGGUUCUAAUCACCACUCAACUAAAAACACCCGGUCACGAUUGAUGGCCCCAUGUGCGACCCAGCUAGGUGGGUCAGCCCCUGCCCUACAAAAUGCAGGAGGAAUAUCCCUGCCUAUACAGCAGUCCAAUAGAGAACAGGAUGACUACAUGAAGGACUGGACCGCCCACAGUGAGGAGAUUGCUAGAAUCAGUCAGGACCUGGCUAAAGAUCUAGCCAUGUUAGCACAAGAGAUCCAUGAUGUAGCCGGAGAAAUUGACUCAGUCAGUCCCUCUUCUGCACCUUCUGUUUUGGUUGAGGACCGAGUGUUUAUAGAUGGGGUGGGAACUGCUCAAGAUAGUAGCAGCAAAGUUGUGGAAAUGAGAUCUUGCAGAACCAGCAAUCAACAGCCCCCAGCCAUUCGCCGUCGGACCUGGAACAGAGAUGAGGCUGUACUAGACAAUUUGCUAUUGGUAUCUGUGUCUCAACUCUCAGCUAAAAUCAGGCAAGGAGUAGAGAAAACAGUCAGCAAAAUCAGAAUUUUAUUCAAAGAUAAGGACAAAAAGUGUGAGGAGCUUGAGAACAAACUGCAAGCAGAAAUUGAAGUGCCACUCCUCAAGACAUCCAACCAAGAGAUCUCCUCCAUUCUCCAAGACCUGAAGAGAGUUGAGAGACAGCUGUUGGUCAUUGACAUCAUGGUGGAUCCUGAUGGGACUCUGGAUGCCUUGAGCAGUUUGGGUAUUACUAGCCCUGUCACAACUGAGAAUAGGGUGAGUCCUAGUACACAGAGCCCAACUGGAGUCCACCAAUCUGGGGAGGGAUCAGCCAGUGCACAACUACUGCACUCAGUACCUUCAAAGGGAACUGAACAAGACCUUGAUAUUUAUGAAGUGAAGAACAGAGCACUGCAGGGAAAAAAUGAUUAGAUCAGUGAUUUUACAAAGAGAAGAAGGUGGAUCUGGAUGGAUGGAUGGAUGGAUGGAUCAACAUAAGCUGAAUCAAAAUUGGAUAUACUUGUGUGUACUGUGUGAAGUUUGUGCUAUGUUGUAAGGCUGUCAGAAUAAUUUUGCACAAAUCCCUGUGACAUGGACAUUUUCAGAUUUAGUAGUAAUGAACAAAAUCUGUCAGCAAUGAUGCCUUUUAUUCACACUUAUUUUGUAGAAUCUAUUACUCUGACCCCAAAAAAUGUCUCACCCUUCCACUGUGUGGUCAUAAUUUUCCUUACAUUUGAGCCUUCUGAAUGAGGCCUGGCAGUUUGAGGGUGUGGCACAGUAUAUUUGGUGUUCCUAGAGUUGCAUUCUUCUGGACUGGCAUUGAUGUCAACAUAUCUUAGAUCUGUGGGAGGCACUUAGCCAGCUUAGGGGUCAUAGCCCAAAUGCCCCUAUCAUCACUAGGACAAUAAGCAUAUGUACAAGUACAUAAAAACUACUCAAAAGUGGAUUGGUAACAAUGACAAAGGCCCAAAGCACCACUUACUGACAGAUUGACAUGUCUAGCAGCAUUAAAAGACAAGACUAACCAACCCAAGUGUUGCCUGGAUUGACUAGAAGAAAGUAUACGACUCAAUGCCACACACCUGGAUACUCAAAUGCCUAACCCUGUAUAAAGUCAAUAAGACCAUAAGGGUCUUCAUCCAGAACUCAAAGGAGCACUGGAGGCCAACACUAGAAGCCAACUCCAAGAUAAUUACCAAGGUCCUCUCUGAUAAAAUCAAUAAGAUCAUCAAUACAAGCGGGUGUGGAUGCAGAUUCAAAAGCAGGUCUACCAUUCGCUACCUCCUAUCAAGUUGUAUGAAAAAACAGACUCAGUGAUCCACCUGAACAGGUUCUACAGCAUGGACAUAGGAAUGUCAAUUGGAUUGGAGAAGUGUGGUCGGCUGAAAAACAAAAAGAGGAAAAGUGAUCAGGACAGAGAAGUGAACUUUCACAAGGGCUGAAUAACAGACCUAGAAGAGAAAUCCGAACACCUGAGGAUUUUCCAAAUGUGCAGGCAGAAACGAGAAGAACAGCAUCGUCCAAGUACCUCCAUAGACAGGUCCUCAAGAGUCAGUUGAAUGGCAGAAAUUUAGCACUUUUUACAAAAGAUGUCACAAAGCAGCUUUACAAAUUUCUGAGUCCAAGCCCCCAGUGAGCAA